UGGUGCGCAGGAGGUACCACAGUGUCCGCAGGGAGGAUCUGCGCAAGGUGCAGCUCUCGCGGCAGGAGGCCAUCGCCCAGGUCAAGAGCUUCCUGAUCCAGCUGGAGGGGUUUCUGAACGGGAUGUGCUGCAGCUGUGAGGCAGUGUACCGUGUGCUUUACUGGGAGAACCCCACUGUCUCUUCCCAGUUUUAUGGGGUGCUGCUGGGCACUAUCUGUGUCCUCUACCUGCUUCCCCUCUGCUGGGUCCUGGCCAUCCUCAAUAGCACCCUAUUUCUGGGCAACACCCAGUUCUAUCAAGUGAUAAGGGAGCUCAAGGCCUCCAUUGAGCAGUGUGUGGGCUCCAAACCCCUCGAGAGCACUCCAGAACCUGCUGAACCCCUGCCACCAGCUGCUGCCCCAGAUCGGACCCCCACCCCCACCAGUGCUGAGGACCUUACCCCUGGCAGUGUGGAGGAAGCAGAGGAAGCAGAACCUGAUGAAGAGUUCAAAGAUGCAAUUGAGGAGAACCAGCUGCUGGUCAUGGAGGAUGAUGAGAGCUCUCAGUGCUCAGCAGAGUUUGACCUCAGCCUCCCAGACAAUGGUUUUAUGAGCAAGAAUGAGGUGAUCCGCAGCAAGGUGUCCCGCCUGACCGAGCGCCUGCGCAAGCGCUACCCCAGCAACAACUUCGGGAACUGCACGGGCUGUGCUGCCACCUUCUCUGUGCUCAAGAAGAGGCGGAGCUGCAGUAACUGUGGGAACAGCUUCUGCUCCAGGUGUUGUUCCUUCAAAGUCCCCAAGGCUGUGAUGGGAGCCACGGCCCCGGAGGCUCAGAAGGAGACAGUGUUUGUGUGCGCGCUCUGCAACCAGGUGCUCAUCAAGUGAUGAACCAGGCCCAGCCAGCUCCUGUGUCCUGCACUGCCUGACACCUGGGACAGCGGGCAGGCACCCCUGCCACUGGGAGCCUGGAGUGUUGGGACCCCAGCAUGGCAUUCCCUGCCAGAGGACGCUUGCCCUUGUGCUCCUCCUGCCAGCGCCGGGCUGGACGGACCAGCCUUCCUUGCCGUGCACCAGCUGGGUCGCUGUGGAGGAGCACUGCCCACGGCUGUGCCCCAUCCCUGCAGCUGCUCCAAGCCCUGGGUGCUCUCUGGCACUUGCUGUGCCCUGCCACGUGCUUGCCCAGGCCCUUUGGCCUGGGUCAGUGAUGGAAGAGCCAUCCUUCCUACUCGUGGUCCUGCCUUCGCCUCCCGGGUGGGGCAGAACAACCUCAGGGCUCUGUCCCUUCCUUUCCCAGCACUGUGCUAUAAGUGACUGUAUUUUUGGGAUCAAUUCAGAGCUCCUCCUGCAUCCCUUGGGGUCUGGACUAGCUAGGUCUUUCAUCCUGGCUCAGCUGAGACUCUGCUAGUCACUCCUGUGCUCCUCAGCCUCACUGCCUGCAGGUUUAGUCUUUUACCCCCGAAUUUGGCUGUAACGCGGAGGAGGAAAGAGAAUGAGUUUGGACUGGGCUGUGUGGCUGGGUCUCCAGUGUGACAAAAGGCAGGAGUUAGUGCUGCUCUGUGCACUUAGUGACUGCUGCUUUCUACUACAGAUUAAUAUAUAAAUGCAUAUAGAGAAUGAUCAAUAAAUCUCUUGUCCUCA